ACGAUGAAUGAAGAACAAUGUGGUGAUGGUCAGCAAAAAUUUUUGAAAGCAAAACAAUAUUUGGGAUAUUUGCUUCAGAAACACCUUCUUUUGUGGAGUGACAGCCAAGAGGAGGUCGGUCAUAUUCGCAUUUUGAAUGACUCUUUUGAAUUUGAAACAUUCGAUCGUGUAAAAACAUGUCGACCGAAUCAUUCAUUCAAUCAGAUUUCAGAUGUUCAACGCAGUGAAAAAGACCGAAGAAGACGUGAAAGAGCUUAUACAUUCUGGUCCAAGCAGCUUGCACCAGCCGUAUUAUUACUAGAGGAUCGAGGAGAGCGCUCCACAUUCGCACAGUUUCCAAAACUUAUAGCAGCACAUUUGCUCAUUGAGGGAGAGUAUAGUAAAGCGGUGGAGUGUUUUGCACAUGUGAUAAAGUUGGAUGAAGUGGAUUCAACAUGUCGGUUGUUAAUAUUACAAUGGUUAUGUAAUUUGGGUGAAUGGAAACUUGCAAAAGAACAGUUGAUUGUUGAAUCAGCGUUACCCUCAAUUUAUGGUACACAUUAUGAAGCAAUUGAAGAAGUUUUGGAGGAGCUGAUAACCCGAUGGAAUGAACUGGUUGAGAGUAAGUCGAAAACAUUCCUACUCUACCAAUGCCAAGCAAUUAUCAAACGAGCGCUUCAUAUUGCUAGCCGUCUUCCGAAUGCUGAUAUCAACAAGAUAGAAGAUCCGAUCAAGAAUUUGGACAUUGAAAUUGCGCGUUUAACGGUGCUCGUGAAAAAUCGACAUCGAUCAUUCUUUCAAUAUGACGUUUCUAUUGAAGUGCAAAAGAAGGUGGUCGAUCCCGAUAAAUUUCUGAAUUUGUGUUCGAAUAUUGCUGAAUAUUUCGAGACGAGUAUCUGUAAAUGUUAUGAAUUCACUGAAACGGGUAUACUCCGUGAAUGUGAGGGCAUUGUUAUGAGCCUUUGGAGACAAUCACUUCGACUGGUUGCUUUACCCAGAUUGGUUGUUUCGUUGAAUUUAUUGAUGAUGCUUAUUUUAACGUCAAAAUUUAUGACUAAUAGACGAGAUUCUCUUCGUACUGUUUAUGCUGCACUUCUCAACAAAUCUGAUUCAGAAGGUGACAGCAAUAACCGUGAAACAAAUGUGCUCCAAAGUUCGGCUUCUCCGAGCAAUACACCUACAAAGCAGUCGUCAGUGGCUUCGAGGAUGUUGAAGGCGUUCUGCUAUCCCGAUGAAGGUGUUUCCAAGCAGAAGGAUAAAGAGGAAGUGAAGAAAAGUGAACUGGAAUCACACGUGGAUGAUUGCGAUUGUAUAUUGUGCAAGAACUGCGCUCAUAAUAAUCAACUACAAUUCAACGUCUCAUUUGCAUCAUUUUUGUUCAACUCAUUCUCAUCAUGUUCUUUUCAGUUGCUCGCUAAGAAAUUUUAUGAGCUGAAAACAAAGUUUACAGAAGAGCAAUCCUCAAUGAGUAACGCAAUUGGAGUGAACAUCAAAACAGAGUCGUUUUAUCUGCAGAACAGCUAUCCACUGUCCGUUCGCUAUUCAUUUUUAACGGCUGCCGUACGUUGGUUGAGUACAAAUGGAGUGAAUGAAAAAGCUGAAAUCAAUGAAAAAGUGAUUCGACAAUCUUUAAAGUUGUGUCAAAGUGAUCUUUGUCAUUAUCGAUGGCAGUGGUUAACAAUAAGGCAAUUCGAACGAGUAUUCCUCCAAAAUCAGUCAUCACAUUCACCGUGGAUGAAACACUGUUUAGAUACGGAUGAUCUGAAUGUAAUCGCUGAGCAUUUCAACACUCUAUUAUCACUUCGGGCCCAAACACCCAGCCAUAAGCAAACAGGCAAAUCAUCAAAGACAACUUCAAGAGCAACAACUCGAACGUCAGCAAAGUUGAAGUGCGAUGCCAACGAUAGUGAUCAAAUAGAAACGGCUGAAAGCAUAGCAUCUGGAUCAAAUGAUUCUUUUGAUGGCGCAAUCAAAGAUUUUCAACAAUACGCUCAUCUUUUCUAUAGAGAAUGGCGAUAUAUGAUAUGUUCGAGUAUUGCUCACGCCUAUCUCGAGAAAGAUGUGUGGAUGAGUGCGUUUAUGUUCAGUGAGGCGAAUUGUUUUGCUACACGACAAUUGGCUCGUUCAACCGAUGAAAACGGUGAAAGUUUUCGUUACGAGAAUAUCGAUGACUUCAAAUUGGCCGUGCAAGCACUUCCGACAGAUAUCACUGUUGUACAGUUGUUCUUGGACAGUUGUCGUGUAUUGUGGCUUAUUCGAUUGCAUUCUCAGCGAACGCCGUUGAUCGUUCCAGUUGCAGUUAUUCAGCGGGAUGAUGAUAUGUUGAAGAGAUUGAGGGAAUUGCUGGAGGAAAAUGAUGUUUCCGGCAAGAUGAGUGCCACUUGCAGUGAUGCCAAGAAAUUUUGGACAAUACGUCGGAAAAUUGACAAGACUAUGCAGCUGUUGAUAAAAGACGUUGAAGAAAUAUGGCUGCGCGAAUUCGCACCUCUUCUAUUGCCAUGUUGUACAUUAACUGAAAAUGGAACAUCAUUUGUAAAUAAAAUCACAAAAUAUGGUUUUUCUGAAAAUUCGGCGAAGGUAAUAAUUGAAAUGAGCUCAGUUCUAACCAUUGAUAAAUGGUUAUCAUUGAUUGAACGUUUCGCUAAACUGGAUCACGUGAAACGGCAAUCGGUUGCGUUGAAUGCGUUAUCGAAAUUGUUUAAUAAUUGGAAUAAUGAUAAUGACAAUCCCGUAAUCGAUCAUAGCGCUCUCAACUAUACAUUACUCAUUGUAUCACCGGAGUUAGCAUCGUUUCCAUUUGAAAUGGCACCGAUGAUGAGCGAUUUCCCUCGUGUGUGUCGAAUUACAUCGUUAUAUUUAUUCCAACGAAUUUUCACGAAAUCUGCAAAGAUACCAAAAUGUGUGGACGGCCGUAACUCGUUUUAUUUACUUGAUCCACUCGGUGAUUUACCCGAAACACAACAUCGACUUGUUGAGAAACUGAAGAAUGUAGAGGGUUGGAAGGGACUCAUCGGGCAAUUGCCCGAUCCGAACCAACUGAAAACUUUGCUUGAAAGCAGUGAUUUCUUUUUGUUNUUUAUUAUUUACGUUUUUUCACUGUCAAUGUGUCCAGUCAUCAUUUUGUUUAUUGUUGACUGUUACAUUGGUCACGGGAGUGGUGGACGAUACUUUGGAAAGGCAGGCAUUCGAAACAGCGAUUGCAAAGCUGUUUCCGUGUUAAUGGGAUGCUCAAGCGUGCGAACGAUUCAUGAAGGUGAUGGUUUGGAUGGACGAAACGCGAUUUAUGACUACAAUGUGGCGAGGUGUCCGUGUGUAGUUGGAUGUUUGUGGAUGGUAACUGACGGUGAGAUCGAUCGUUUCUUCCUUGCGAUGAUCUCUUAUUGCUUCUCGGAUAAAGUUGACGAGGCACUCGCAAAAUCCAAUCAAAAUGGGUUUGUUUUCAGCGACAUCGUUCCAUUUCUAUUCUUCUCAUCAUUAUUUCUUGCAACAGACACGUCUUCAUAUCGUCUGCUAAUUGAUGCUAUCGCCUAUGCCAGGAGAUCUUGCAAACUGCGGUAUAUGACCGGAGGAGCGGUGGUGGCCUACGGUUUACCGAUUAUGUCCACCAAUUCGCAUUUAUUUAAAUGGAUUAAGUGA